ACUCGAUUACACAGCCCGACAUUCCGUCCCACUCUCAGCCUCCCUUAGCCGACGGCCACAUCACCGUUUCCCUUGGCUUGCUUUGCUCGGUUGCUCCACCCACAGCUGAGCCGUCAGCCACUGAAAUUAACCCACAUCAACCACCAAUAUUUGGCAGCUUCAAAAUAGGAAAAAGAGGAAUUUUCAAUGGAAAAUAAAAAGUCCAGUUCGCCGGCAAGCUUCAUUGAUUCGACUGUAGUUCCAGGGGAUGUGGUGCUUGACCUAUCCUCCAUGACCAACCAGACCAUCAAGCUAGGUGGUGGUCUCCGUCAGGAUUGUGAUGCUAUUCCUGCGAUGAAGGCUGGAACACUUAGAUUCUCGAAACCAAAUAAGUACUGGGUUGAAAGUUCUCAAAAAAGGUAUGUGCCUUGCGUGGAAGAUACUGUUCUAGCUAUUGUGGUAGACUCUAAAGCAGAUAAUUUUCUGAUUGACAUCAAAGGACCUGCUUUGGCCUUUUUGCCUGUGCUUGCAUUUGAAGGGGGGACCAGGAGAAAUAUACCAAAGUUUGAGGUUGGUACUCUUCUUUAUCUUCGGGUUGUGAAGGCAAACUUUGGCAUGAACCCUGAAUUGUCCUGCACUGAUGCCAAUGGAAAAGCUGCUGAAUUUGGCCCCCUCAAAGAUGGAUACAUGUUUGAAACUUCAACUGGCUUAUCAAGAAAGCUGUUAAGUUCACCAACAUGUCCGGUUCUUGAGGCCCUUGGCAAGAAACUCUCCUUUGAAAUAGCUGUUGGCUUAAACGGUCGGGUUUGGGUGAAUGCUGCCUCUCCAGACACCAUUGUUGUUGUUGCUAAUGCAAUCAUGAACUCGGAAUCUCUGAGCACAGCACAACAGAUAAUUAUGGUGGAGCAUUUGCUUAAGAACAUUCAGUGAUGAAGUUAUUUGAGAAGUUCUAUGGAUAACUUAAGAUCUGACGGACAUGCAUACAAAUUGAUCGUUGCAUUGCUAAGCAAAAGACCAAAAACGUGAAGGUAAAGGCCAUUU